AUGGCUCCUGCAACCACCACGAAUAACGGGAAUCCUCCAGCACUCCCUACCCUUUCACUUACACCACUGGUCAUAUCAAAACUCAAGCCCGCCAAAAUAUUCAAGAACGUGUUAGAACCACCGCCAGCGCCUACACCGACCACGCAACAACGGCCACCCAAUGGCAUCCAACAACGAAGCAUUACAGGCAUUACCUUUGACGACAGAGGGGAUCAGGUAGUUACAGCAGGCGAGGACGAGACGUUCCGGUUGUACAACUGCAAAACUGGGAAGUCAAUAAAGACCUUCUACUCCAAGAAGUAUGGCGUUGAUCUGCCGCGAUUUACUCACAAAAAUUCAGCGAUUAUCCAUGCGUCUACUAAGGAGGAUGACACCUUGCGCUACCAUUCACUACACGACAACAAAUAUCUCCAAUACUUUCGCGGUCACAAAGAGAAAGUCAUCUCCCUGGAGGUCUCACCUAUCGACGACGGCUUCAUGUCCGGGUCAAUGGACAAGACAGUCCGAUUAUGGGACCUGCGGUCUCCAUCUUGUCGCGGCCUACUGACGCUCCCGUCGUAUCCAAUUGUUGCCUAUGAUGCCACAGGAAUGGUCUUUGCAGUCGCUGUCAAUCACUACUCUCGCAUUCUGCUAUACGAUCAAGCAAAUUUUGACAAAGCUCCCUUUAUCACUAUAACCCUCGAUGACCCAACCUUGGCUCGCAUCAGCUUCCCGCCCCGACCAAUUUUCAUGACCUCUUUAACCUUUUCAGCAAACGGUAAAUAUCUCCUCGUGGGAUGCUCCGGUGCUGCCCAUUACGUUUUGGACGCGUUCGACGGCACCAUGAUCGCUAAACUCGAAGGACAUGUCGGUCUCGAGCGGAAAUCCCUGAACGUGCAACAAUCAAUCGAACCGACGAAAGGAAUUAGCGGAGAAGAGGUCAGCUGGACACCUGACAGCAAAUACGUUAUUAGUGGAAGUCUGGAUGGAAGAGUCUUCAUCUGGGAUAUUCAGAAUAUUCCGCCUCAGCGCCCCGACUCGGAGCGGCAGUCAUCUCCAAUGAGGUUACAACCUCUCACAGUGUUGGACGGGCAUCCUGGUCCUUCAAGAUGCGUAAAAUUUAACUCGCGAUUUGCAAUGAUGUGCACGGCGGGCCACGAGUUGGCCUUCUGGCUUCCGGAUUCUUCUGGUGAUGCCGAUGAAAUUGUUAAGGACUUGUUGAAAAAGCGAGGAGCAGCAUGA